CGAUCCGUUUAACUUUUAGUUAAAAUUUGACACUCCGAUGGUUAUUUUCCCAUCGUGGUUAAAAUUUUACUCCGAAGCCGACCCAUUUGAGUUUUGACAGAUUGAUAGUUAUUCGGAACGAAAUGGAUUUGGCGCCAAUUUUCUCGCGAACAAAGUUUAACUAUCGAACUGUCAAAUCUAACCAUGCUCCGGAGCAGGGUUAUUUUUAACCACGGCGAAAUAACCAUCGAACUGUCAAAUUUUAACUAAAAGUUAAACGAAUCGGUGGAAUGGUUCACAGCCUUAGUUGUUUUCUUUUUCAGUGUAGUAGUGACAAAUGCACCGGCAUCAGUUCCAACUGCCAUUUAAGUUUUUGUUACAAAGUCAACAACGAUGUGGAGCACGAGCUGGAGCAUAUAAAACGAAAUAUGUAUGCCGAAAACGAAAAUAAAACGGAUCAGAAUUCAUAUGCAUCUACAAAAAAAAUAAAAACUCGAGAAGGGUAUGUCAUUGUACGAUCGGAUUUGGUUGAGCCGCGAAAAAACGGAUCAAGCAGCACGAUCGAAAUUUGCGAAGAGUCACUGAUGGAAGAUGGAAGGUGAUCCAAGUAACGCACAAAAAAGCGCAAAGCUUUCAAAUAAUCAUGAGGCAGAAGUUUAACAAGUGAACUUAAAGCUAGAAAAACUUAAAAAGAAACAAUUUUAGGAAUUAUGAGACCGGUACGGCUCGGUGAUGCAUCGAUAAUAAGAGAAUCACAUACAUUCCGGUGAUCUUUUUGAAUAGUAUAAGAAAACAGUUAAAAAAAUAUAAAAAAGAUAAGACAAUGUAAAUAAAACUUGUUACAUGCUCAAUGAUUUAUUAAUAACUGGAAAGCACCUCCUUUAACUAUCAUAUUCAGUAUCGUUGCUCAUAGAACAGCAUGAUACAUCCUAUAAUAAGGUUAUCAUAUAACUGAAUGUUUAUUAUACACCUUUCAAUUUGGAUUAACCACUGAAUCAUUAUUUCAUCUAUACAUCUUUUUCCGAAAAAUCAUACUAAUUAUCUUCUUUGUUCAAAUCAAUUAUAAUCCGUAUCAUAACAAGAAAAAUAAUGAUGAUAAAUUAACGAUAUCUGGUAAAAUCGCUUAACAAAAAUGUAUGGAAAUGUUGACAUUUUUGAAUAGU